AUGGAGAACCUCAUGGCCCCACUGAGCACUGCCAGUGAGCUCAGGCUCCAGCAGAGCAAAACUCAGCUCCUCCUGGGCAAGGUGAGUGGUCCCUCACGGCGCAAGAGGGAGUUCAUGCCAGAUGAGAAGAAGGACAGCAUGUACUGGGAGAAGAGGCGCAAGAACAACGAGGCAGCCAAGCGCUCGCGGGAGAAGAGACGUCUCAAUGAUGUGGCCAUGGAGAACCAGCUGGCUGUUCUCAGGAAGGAGAAUGCCAUCCUCAGGACAGAGCUGCUGUCCUUGAAGCUGCGUUUUGGGCUCAUCAGCCCAGACACCAGUACCUACCAGGGUUGCUCCCUGGGGGUUUACUUCAGAGGGCACAGGGCAGCGUCGCCACUGCUCGGGGUGGAGUCCUUGGUGAGGGAGUCCUGUUUCUCUGCAGAGAAGAGCUUUGUGCCCAUGGUGCUGGAACCAGCUGACUUUUCCUUCAAAACCUUUGACCCAUCCAGAAACAUCCUUGGCUGUGAUUCAAAGCCAGUUCCCAUGGGCACACCUGGUGUUCCACUGACAAAGAGGCUCGAUGCAUCCUUCAGCUCCACAGUUCAUUCUCCAUACCUCAAUUACCACUCCCCAGACAAAUAUCCUUUCCUUUGGCCUUGGUCAGGCUGCACCUGCUUCUUGUGCCCUUCCCCGGGUGCCACUGAGGUGAGCAAAGCAAGCAGCACAACAACAGUCUCUGAUGAAGAUGAUGAGCAACAAGUGCCCAAAACCUCUCCUCCCCCUCCCUGCAGCCUGCCCUGCCCUUUGGAGGAUCAGUUGAAGGGCCAAAGCUCUGCUGCUCUCCCUCACAAGCUCCGGAUCAAGACCAAAACCCUCAGCAGCUUAGAGGAGAAUGUCCUGGACUCCCAGUGA